AUGGCUGAUACUAACACUGAGUCCUCGAUGAGAGGCUCAAUAACGAGUGAUGUUUUUGAAACUGGAGAUGUAACCGAGGAUAUCGAAUCGGAUGAUCCCCGUCUCCAUUUUAUAAUGAUCUAUUUAAACAUGAUCUAUGGCACAACUCCAACAGACUUUAAAAAGUUGCUGAGUAAUGAAACAAAUAAAUUGUUAUUUGAUUUGUUUCUUGAUCAAUUGGAUCGAAAUAUAAUACUAAUAUUUGAAAAUAAUGAUUCACUCACAGUAUCGAGUGAAUUUCCAGUUCAUUUGAGAUCAAAAAUAAUUUGUUUUAUUAAACGAAAUGACGCAUCGAUUGAACGUAAUGAAAAUAUAAGUGGACAAAUAGCUGUGGCAGAAUUUAUACAUUCAUCUAUUGCACAAUUAGCAUUAUUCAUUUCUGAAGUAUUAUGGCCUAUUCUUCAAAGACGAAAAACACUACGUCAAUUACCUGAUCUUGUAAUAAAAAGUUGUAAUCAAAAUAUCAGUGAAUUAACAAAUCUAUUAACUGUUGUUAAUGGAGUUUUAAGAGGACGAACAGUAUUACCUAUUCCACGUGAAAUACAAUUUAUGCAACGAUCAAAUUAUUUGAGACUAUUGACACACAAUAAAACGUUUGAUGGUAGAAAAAUUCGUUUACUAGAAAAUUCAGUUACCAGUUGGAAAAGUCAAAUACAAGCAGCAAUUAAUUAUGAUCGUGAUCCACCAUAUACAAAACUACAUCCAUUUCCAAAUGUUGAAAUUGAUUUUUGGACAACACGUACCGAUAAUUUACAAGGAAUAAAAACUCAAUUAGAUGCCUUAAUUGUUCGUCGUCUUGUUGAAGUAUUAGAAAUAGCCGGUUCCAAUUAUUUUUCUAGUUUUCGUGCUCUAUUUCGUGAUCUUAUAGAAGCUCUAAUUGAAACACAAAAUAUUAGUCUCUAUUUACAACCACUAAUUUCUAUACUAAAAUCCAUUGAACAAUGUCAAGAACUUGAACAAUUACCACAAUAUUUUUUAAAUUUAUUUCAUACAUUGGCUCUUUGUUGGAGUCAUUCAUCAUAUUAUAUGAAUAUCACACGUUUCAUUAAUUUUCUUCAACAAUGGACAAAUUUAGUUAUUGCAAAGAUUCGUGAUUUACUUCAACCCAACGAAUUGUUUGUUGAUACUGAUUUUGAUGAACCAUUACAAAAUAUUGAUUUGGCACUUGAAGUAUGCAUAUUGUAUAAAAAAACAUAUGACACACGUAAAAAUCUAAUAUCAACAUAUUAUAAUAAUCGUCAAGUUCGAUAUUGGGAAUUUCCUGAAGUAAAAAUAUUUUCUCGAUAUAAUAAUUUUAUUCAUCGUUUAAAAAUAUUGAAAGAUAUUGUUGCUACUGCAAAAGAAUGUUUUAUCUAUGAGACAAUUGAAAUUGGUGGAAUUGAUGCUGAAGAAUUACAAUUAUUACUACAGAAAAGUGUAAUAGAAUUUAAAAGUGCUUAUAACACAUUUCAUAUACUAUCAGAUGAUAUUAUGAAUGAUUCAAAUGAUGAAUUUUUGAAGAUAUAUGAACAAUUUCGAAAUCGUGUUAUAAGCUGUGAUGAACGAAUAGCAAAUAUUUUAAAACGAUUAUUACAGCCAUGUCAUUCAAAUAUAAAGACAGAUAAUAUCGACAGUAUCUAUCGAAUAUUAAAAAUAUUUGAUCCCACAUUACAACGUGAUAUUUUGAAAAAUGUUGUCAGUAAUUAUGCAAAUACAUUAUUGACACUUCUUGAGUCAGCACUGAAAGAUGAUAAGGCAUUAUUCGAUGAAUAUUCUAAAGAUAUGAGAACAACGUGGCUAUUGAAUAUGUCCCAAGUGGUGGCUGAUCUCAAUUGGGCUGAACAAUUGCGACUACGUAUUAUAAAUAAAAUAGAACCCUUAAAAUCAUUAAACUUAAGUAUUAAAGAUAAACCAACGUACGAACGAAUAAUUGAACAAGAAUUGGAUCUACUAAAUUUAUUAAAAAAAUUUGUUGAUGAUACAAAUGUAAAAUGGAUGAAUGGAUUUCGAAAAGAAAAUCUUCUACAUUUAAAUGAACCAUUAUUAAGAAAAUAUGAUGAUAAAUAUUAUGUUGUUAAUAUAAAACCAGAGCUUACUACUGCUCUUCAUGAAGUGAUGCGACUGUAUCAAAUGCAUAAUAUGAAAAUAUUCGACGAAGCUGAAGUUUUAUAUGGACAAAUGGAUCGAUUUUUGCAACAAUUUAUUGAUCUGGAUUACAUAACAAAAUCGUAUCGACGAAUCAAAGAUAAUGUACUAAUCAUCGAAUAUCCAUUAAUUCGUGAAGACUUAAUAGCUAUUGAAGCAAAUUUAGAGAAAGCUAGUACUACUGUCAUGUUUAAUAUCGACAUAGAUUCAACUAAUUUCAUACGAGGUUUACGAACCUCUUUGAAUGAUUUAGAAUCGCGUUUAUUCAAGAGUAAAUCAAAUUUGGAUGAAAUGAGAAAAAUAUUAACGAAAUUUCUAAAAACGGCUUUGUAUUCAAGAGGAGAAGUAAGACAAGAUAAUCCGUUAUUGAUGAUCUAUGAUAAAGAAAAUCGAGUUUUGAAACGAAACAGUGAUUUAAGAAAUGCCGGUGUUCGACUGCAAGAAAUACUAAAGCAAAACAAGUGGUUGUUAAAAGCUGAUGCAGAUUCGGAUACAUGGAAAUCUUAUGUCGAUUAUAUGGAUGAAAUAGUAUUGGAAUUAUUAUAUGAAAUUAUUCAAUACAACUUGGAUUAUUUACUCGAAGAAUCAAAUCCAUCAUUAAAUAAACAUCCACUAUUCGAAGUCUCUUGUGUAUUAGAUGAUAUCGAAGUCCGUUUUAGUCCUACACUCGAAUUUGGUAGUGCCGAAGGCUUAUACGAUAUGGUUGAUACACUAAUUGGAAACAUAUUUCGACAAGCAGCAAUGGUUGUAAGACUAGCUGAACAUUCGGGGCAAAAACAUUAUCAGGAUGAUUUAGAAGAUAUGAAAGAAUUAAAUAAUUUUCGUUUACAAAUAAUGGAACGUUUAAGAAUGACGAUGGAUGAGGCCAAUAUGUGGAAACUUAUGAUUGAUUUAUUUCAAUCAAUUUAUAAUGAAAUUGAUAGUUGGAAUCAAAGUUUACUAUUUGGUUCUUGGCUACGUGUUGAUUUAAGGCCAUUAAAACGAAGUUUAUUAGUAUUAGUCACAAAAUGGAUUAAUUUGUAUAAAAAUUAUCUUAUUGAUCAUGUAACAGUCAGUCUUAAUGAAUUACAAUCAUUUAUUAAAGAUGCCACGACAAUACUACAAAAAGAAGUUAAAUCUGGUGAUAUAACUGGGUUACUUGAAAUGAUGACAUUUCUAAGUUCUGUUCGUGAUAGACAAGAAUUUACUGAUGAUAUGGUUGAACCCAUUAACGAUACGAUUGAAAUAUUAAAAUCUUAUGGAUACGAAGUUCCACAAAUGAUCUAUGCAAUGCUUGAUGAAUUACCUGAACAAUGGGUGGUAGUAAAAAAAAUGGCAUCUCAUAUGAGACAAGAAAUUGCACCUUUACAAGCAGUUCAAAUAUCAGCAAUUCGUAGUCAAAUAACAGCAAUGGAGCGAAAACAACAAGAAGUGCGUGAUAAAUUUUUACGUGAUGCACCAUUUAAAUACGAUAUCGCUGAACCUUAUGGUGAACUAGAUUAUUGGGCUAAUCAAUUAAAAAUAUUUGAUAGUGAAUUACAACAAUUACAUCAAUUGGCUUCAGCAUUUGAUAUUAGUGUACUAGAAUAUAAAAAUAUAAAAUUCUGUCGAAAAGAUAUGAAAUCAUUGAAACAAUUAUGGGAUCUAAUUUUUCUUAUACGAAGUCGUAUUGAUGAAUGGACAAAAACAAGAUGGAGAGAUGUAAAUAUUGAACAAAUAGAUCAAGAAUUACGUGGAACGUAUUUGAACAAGGAAUUGAGAGCAUUAGCUAAAGAAUGUGGAACAUGGGACGCUUUUCAUGGUAUCGAGAAUGAAGUUAAAAAUUUGAAUGGUGCGUUACGAUCCGUUGGAGAAUUUCGAAAUAAUGCAAUUCGAUCUCGACACUGGGAAGAAUUAAUGAAAGAAACAAAUGUUCGAAUCGACAUAACCGAAGAGACGAGUUUGAAUGAUUUACUUGCAUUGAAUUUAUAUCGAUAUGAAGAGGAGGUCAAAAAUAUUGUAGAUAAAGCUGUUAAAGAAAUGGGAAUGGAGAAAAUUUUGUAUGAUCUUGAACAUAUAUGGUCCGAAUUAAAAUUUGAUCUUGAUAAACAUUCUCGAACAGAUGUACCACUUAUUCAUGUUAAUGAUGAAAUCUUGAUCGUUUUAGAUGAACAUCAGAUACAAUUACAGAAUUUACUUUCAUCAAAAUUUAUCUCACAUUUUGUUGGAGAUGUAAUGGCAUGGCAAAGAAAACUUUCAACCGCUGAUAUGGUACUUCAAAUAAUUACAGAAGUUCAACGUGCAUGGUCAAAUCUUGAAUCAAUAUUUAUUGGAACAGAAGAUAUCCGAUAUCAAUUGCCAAAAGAAGCCGCCAUCUUCGAUCAAAUUGAUAAAGAAUUUAAGAUUAUUGCAAUAGACAAUAUGUCAGAUUUAAAUUUUAUUCGGUGUACAAAUCGGCUUGGUUUAUAUGACCAAUUAGAAAAACUGAAGGAUAAUUUGCAAACUUGUCAAAAAGCAUUAGAAGAUUAUCUCGAAACAAAACGACUGAUAUUUCCAAGAUUUUUCUUUAUAUCUGGCACUGAAUUACUUGAAUUUUUAUCAAAUGGCAAUGAGCCAGAACGUGUUAUGCAUCUUUUAACAAAAUUAUUUGAUUCAUUACAUAAAUUAGACUUAAGAGAAGAUAAUAAUAGUGUUAAAUUAAAAUCAGCAUAUGCAAUGUACAGUGAUGAUGGUGAACGUAUAAAAUUUUUUAAUGAUUGUAAUUUGGAAGGUGCUGUUGAAUUAUGGUUAGCUCGAUUACUUGAUUUUCAUUGUGAAACUAUUCGCUUAUGGUUAAAAGUAGCUGUUGCCGCAUACGAGGAUAAACCUCGUGAAGAAUGGCUCUUUGAUCAUCCUGCACAAAUAACUUUGACGGGUUCUCAAAUAUGGUGGACAGCCGAUAUAUUAGCGGCAUUUGCACGCAUAGAAGAAGGAUUUUCCAAUGCAUUACGUGAUUUUAAUAAAAAACAGCUUAUACAAUUAAAUACAUUAAUUGGCUUAUUACUCUCUGAUUUGACUGACGAAGAUCGAAAUAAAAUUACAACAUUGUGUCUUAUUGAUUUACAUGCUCGAGAUGUGGUGAUUGAAACAGCAUCUGAGUUUAUAUGGCAAUCUCAAUUACGACAUCGUUGGGAUCCGAAAGAUAAUCAUUGUUAUGCGAAUGUGUGCGAUGCCAAAUUUCGAUAUCAAUAUGAAUAUCUAGGAAACAAAAGUCGUUUAGUUAUUACGCCAUUGACAGAUCGAUGCUACAUAACACUGACACAAAGUCUGCAUUUGUUUGUUGGCGGCGCACCGGCAGGACCAGCUGGAACCGGUAAAGAUAACUUUCUGAAAGAACAAAUCGAUUAUAAAUCAAUUGGAAAUAUGUUUCGAGGUUUGGCAAUGAGUGGAUGCUGGGGAUGUUUUGAUGAAUUUAAUCGAAUAUCUGUUGAAGUCUUAUCUGUUGUUGCUGUUCAAGUCAAACUUAUAUUUGAUGCAUUACGUCAACGUCGUAAAGUAUUUAAUUUUAUGAGCGCUGAAAUUAAAUUAAAUCCAGCUGUUGGCAUAUUUAUUACAAUGAAUCCUGGCUAUGCUGGCAGAAUGGAACUUCCUGAAAAUUUAAAAGCUUUAUUUCGACCUUGUGCUAUGGUUGUACCAGAUUUUGAACUAAUUGCUGAAUUGAAUUUAGUUAGUGCCGGAUUUACUGAUGCUAAAUUAUUAAGCAGAAAAUUUAUAACUCUAUAUACACUAUGCCGAGAUUUACUAUCGAAACAAGAUCAUUAUGACUGGGGUCUUCGUGCUAUUAAAAGUGUGUUAGUUGUUGCGGGAAAAUUACGUCGAAGUGAUCCAGACAUGUCUGAAGAUAAAGUAUUAAUGCGAGCAUUAAGAGAUUUUAAUAUACCAAAAAUAACUAUUGAAGAUAUGCCCAUAUUUUUGAAUUUAAUCGGUGAUUUGUUUCCAGCACUCGAUGUACAAAGAAAACGUGAUCUUGAUUUUGAAUCAAAAGUUCGACAAGCUGCUGUCGAUUUACAUUUACAAGCUGAAGAACCAUCACCAACAGUACAAAAUAAUUUUGUAUUAAAAAUUGUACAAUUAAAAGAAUUAUUUGAUGUACGACAUUCAGUGUUUAUUAUUGGAAAUGCAGGAACGGGUAAAACACAGAUAUGGAAAACGUUAUUUAAAACAUAUCAAAAUAUGAAAAAACGUCCACAAGCAGUUGAUCUUGAUCCAAAAGCAACGACAAAUGAUGAAUUAUUCGGUUAUAUGCAUCGAACAACACGCGAAUGGAAAGACGGAUUACUUUCAUCGAUAAUGCGUGAUUUAUCAAACAUCACGUAUGAUUGUCCAAAAUGGAUUGUAUUAGAUGGUGAUAUUGAUCCAAUGUGGAUUGAAUCGUUAAAUACACUUAUGGAUGAUAAUAAAAUAUUAACAUUGGCUAGUAAUGAACGUAUUUUAUUAAAUGAUACAAUGAAAUUAUUAUUUGAAAUAAGUCACUUAAAAACAGCAACACCAGCCACUGUUUCUCGUGCUGGAAUAUUGUAUGUAUCAACAAAUGAUAUUGGUUAUUCACCAUUGUAUCAAAGUUGGGUAGAACAACGAGAAUCAAGUGUUGAAAAGAAUCAAUUACUUAUAUUAUUUGAUAAAUAUAUUCCAAGAUGUUUAGAAUUACUUCGUAGUGGACGUAUAAGAACAAUAACACCAUUAGUUGAUGUUUGUCAUGUACACAUGUUAUGCAAUAUAUUAGAUUGUUUGUUUACACCACAAAAUCUUCCACCUGAUUGUCCCAAAGAAUGGUAUGAAUUAUAUUUUGUUUGGGCAACAAUUUGGGCUAUUGGAGGAGCAUUGUUUCAAGAUCAGUUGAUCGAUUAUCGUAUCGAAUUUUCAAAAUGGUUUAUCCAUGAAUUUAAAACAAUUAAAUUUCCGACCCAAGGAAAUAUAUUCGAUUAUUCAAUUGAACCACAAUCAAAAAAAUUAGAAUCAUGGUCAAAAUCCGUUGAAGAAGUUUCAUUCGAUGUUGAUUUGCCUGUUCAGUCUCAACUAGUACCAACAAUUGAAACGACACGUUUAUCAUUUUGGCUUGAAGCUCUUAUUAAAAAAGGCGUAUCUGUUAUGUUUGUCGGUGCUUCUGGUUGUGGUAAAAGUGUUUUAAUUACAAAUAGAUUGGAAAAAUUGAAUUCUACUCAUUAUAUUAUUUCUACAAUACCGUUAAAUUUUUAUACUACAUCUGAAAUAUUGCAAAAUUCAUUAGAAAAACCAUUGGAAAAAAAAGCAGGUCGAAAUUUUGGUCCAUUAGGGCACAAAAAACUUAUCUAUUUCAUUGAUGAUUUUAAUAUGCCUGAACGAGAUAAAUAUUUUACAAUUGCAGCACAUACAAUUGUACGUCAGUAUUUAGAUUAUAAACAUUGGUAUGAUAGACAAAAACUGACAAUAAAAGAAAUUCGAAACUGUCAAUUUGUCACGGCUAUGAAUCAAAAUGCUGGUACAUUUUCUAUUGAUCCAAGACUUCAACGACAUUUUGCAACAUUUGCCGUAACAUUUCCCAAUAAAGCUGCAUUACACACAAUCUAUUCAACAAUAUUAGAAUCUAAAUUUUCUCAUUUUUCUAAAAUUGAUCUAAAAACUCAAACAAGUUUUCUACAUCAGUUUGUUAACAUUGCUAUUCAUUUUCAUCAACGUAUUUCGAGCGUAUUUUUACCAACAGCCAUUAAAUUUCAUUAUAUAUUUAAUUUACGAGAUUUAUCAAAUAUUAUUCAAGGAAUGUUAUUUGCAUCACCAAAAAUUGUUACACGUCCACAAGAUUUUAUUCGUUUAUUUCUACACGAAGCAGAACGAACAUAUAGUGAUAAAUUAGUUGAUAGUGAUGAUAUUGAAACAUAUAGUAAAAUUCAAGUAGAAAUUAUUCGAAAAAAUUUUGAGUUUGUCAGUGAUGAAAUAUUUCAAAAACCAUUGAUUUACUUUCAUUUUGCUGGUGGAAUUGGUGAUGCUCAGUACACAAGUGUUCCAUCAAUGAAUUAUUUACAAAAACUACUUGAAGAUGCAUUGAAUGCUUACAACGAAACAAAUCGGACAAUGAAUCUCGUAUUAUUUGAAGAUGCUUCUGCACAUGUAGCAAAAAUUAACAGAAUAUUAGAAACACCUCGAGGAAACGCUCUAUUGAUUGGUGUAGGUGGUAGUGGAAAACAAAGUUUAGCUCGUUUGGCUGCAUUUGUCUCAUCACUUGAUGUAUUUCAAAUUACUAUUAAACCUGGCUACAAUAUCAAUGAUUUUAAAGAGGAUUUAAAUUUAUUAUAUCGUCGUGUUGGCUUAAAAGGUCCUGGAUAUGUUUUUCUGUUGUCGGAUGCACAAAUAAUUGAUGAAGAAUUUCUUGUCUAUAUCAAUGAUUAUUUAUCAUCGGGUGAAGUCUUUGGAUUGUUUGAUGAUGAUGAGAUUGAAGAAAUAACCAGUACGCUAAAAUUUGAAGCCAAAUCACAAGGUUAUGAAGAAACAAAAGAUUCAAUAUGGAAAUAUUUUAUUGACAAAGUACGACGACAUUUAAAAAUUGUUCUCUGUUUCUCACCAGUUGGAUCACUGUUACGGACACGUGCUAGACGAUUUCCAGCCAUAUUCAGUGGAACAAUUAUCGAUUGGUUUCAUGAAUGGCCACGUGAUGCGUUGAAGUCUGUUGCUGUUCGAUUUUUAAACGAUUUAAAUCUCUCUCAUGAAUUAUGUAAUGCCAUGGCUAAAUUUAUGGCUGAUAUACAUGUAGCUGUUAAUGAUGCAUCAUUACAAUAUUUUGUCAAUGAGAGACGUUCAUAUUAUACUACACCAGAAACAUUUUUUGGGUUUAUUAAAUUUUAUCAACAUUUGUACAAUGAUAAACAACAACAUUUUGAUUUCGAAAUUGUUCGAUUAUUCAAUGGUCUGAAGAAGUUGGAUUCAAUUAGUGAACAAACAGCUGUUUUACAAGCAGAACUCGUCAUUACAAAUGCAGAAGUAAACACAAAAGCCGAACUAGCUGACGCUGCUCUAAAAAUAGUGACAGCAGAAGCUGAUAAAGUAGCAAAAGAAAAGUCUGUUGCUGAUGAAGAACGACGAAAAAUUGAAACAAAAAAAACGAGUGUUGAACAUAAACAAAUAGCUUGUUCAGUUGAAUUAGCAAAAGCUCAACCAAUUUUAGACGCAGCUCAAAAAGCUUUGGAAAGUAUUGAGAAAAAAGAUGUGACGGAAAUGAAGUCAUUUGGAUCUCCUCCAUUAUCUGUACGAAAAGUGAUGGAUAUGGUUGUCGUUCUUUUUAAAUGGGUUCGAGAAGGGAAAAUUAUACCUCCUGAACAACGAACAUGGGUGGAAGCUAAGAACACAAUUGGACAAGUUGAUAAUUUUCUUCAACAAUUACAACAGUUCAAAGUUGACAAAUUGACAUCUCAAGUUCGCCAGUUAGUUGAUACAUUGAAGGUACAAUUAUUAAGCACGUUAAAAGAUCCCACAAAAGCAAAAACUGAAAUUGGACAGAUAUCUUUAGCUGCUGAUGUUAGACCGAAACAAAUGGCUUUGGACGCUGCGAACGAUGAAUUGAAUCGUGCUGAAAGAGACUUUUCCAAAGUAUUAGCAAGAGUUCAAGUAUUAGAAGAUAAAUUAAAAGAAGAAAAUUUGAAAAUGCAGCGUGCAUUGUCUGAAAAAGAUGACGCUAUACGCAGUAAAGAACGUCUGGCAAGACAAAUUGAUUUAGCUGAACGUUUAGUGGGAGGAUUGACAUCAAGUCGAGUAAUAUGGACUAAACGUAUUAACCAAUAUCGACUUGAUUUAGAAACAUUGGCUGGUGAUGUUUUAUUAACAUCAGCAUUUGUCACUUAUGCAGGAUAUUUUACGAGAAUGUACCGUAUUAAUCUUGUUAACAAAUGGAAAGCAUCGAUUAUUGCUACGAAGGUGACAUUACUCAUUAUAAGUAGUUUCAUAAACUGGUCUGUUAUUCUUUUCCAGGGCGUUAUACCAAUACGCGAAGGAAUGCAACCAUUAUCGAUUAUUAUCGAUGAUGCUGACAUAGCUGAAUAUUUAAAUCAAGGGUUACCAGCAGAUCAAACGAGUUAUGAAAAUGCUGCAAUAUUAAUCUAUUGUUUACGUUGGCCGCUGAUCGUUGAUCCACAAGGACAAGGUUUACGUUGGAUAAAAUAUCGUUUUGGUGAUAAAUUAGUGUCAUCAAGAUACGGAUCAAAGGGUUAUUUAGAUCGUGUAGAAAAUUGUAUUAAACGUGGUGAUACGUUAUUAUUGGAAAGUGUCGAAGAAAACAUUGAUUCAGUAUUAGAUCCGAUUAUAAGCAGAAAUUUUAUUCGGAACGGAAAAACCGUUAAAUUUGGUGAAAAGGAAAUUGAUUAUCAUCCAAAUUUUCGAUUAAUAAUGCAAUCUCGUCUUGCCAAUCCAAACUAUCGACCCGAGAUUCAAGCACAAACCACGUUAAUCAAUUUUAGUAUAACACGUGAUGGUUUAGAAGCACAAUUAUUAGGCGAUGUUGUUGCGUCUGAACGUCCUGAUUUGGAAAAAAGUAAAUUUGAAGUGACACGCCAACAAAAUGAAUAUAAAAUUAAUUUAAAAAAACUCGAAGAUUCACUACUAGCUCGUUUAGCAACAGCUGAAGGAAAUUUUAUUCAAAAUGUUGAAUUGGUGGUGACGUUGGAACGAACGGUAGCUACUACAGUAGAAAUUGAACAAAAAAAAGUUGAAGCGGAGAAAUUUAGUGAACAAAUUGAUAAAACACGUGAACUUUACAGACCGACAGCUGUUCGUGCAUGUAUAAUCUAUUUUGUUAUGAAUGAAUUAUCAAAAAUUCAUCCAAUGUAUCAAUUUUCACUCAAAGCAUUUAAAUCCGUCUUUCUCAAAGCGAUAGAUCGAACCGAACAAAAUGAAGAUAUUCGAAUUCGUAUAGAAAAUUUAGUUAAUACUAUUACAUUUGCAUCCUAUUCAUAUAUCGGACGUGGAUUAUUUGAAGAACAUAAACUGAUAUUUACUAUGCAAUUAUUGCUCCAGAUAUUAUCGGAUAAAGGUGAAUUAGAUCCGGUUGAAUUAGAUUUAUUGUUAAGAAGUCCACAAGAAUAUCAUUCAAGAUGUCCUGUAGAAUUUUUAAAUGAUAAAGCAUGGGGAAAUAUCAAAACUAUAAGUCUUGUACCACAAUUUCAAGGUUUAGAUCGUGAAAUAGAAACAUCAAGUAAACGAUGGAAAAAAUUUUUAGAAAGUGAAUCACCCGAAGUUGAAAAACCACCGGGUGAAUGGAAAAGUAAAACAACCAUGCAACAUUUAUGUAUAUUAAGAGCUGUUAGACCAGAUCGAAUGUUAUACGCACUGAAAUUAUUUGUUGGUGAAAAAUUAGGAAAGAAAUAUAUCGAAGGACGGCUACCUGAUUUUAUACGGACAUAUGAAGAAGCAUCAAAAUCAAUACCGAUCUUUUUUAUACUUUCUCCAGGUGUGGAUCCACUGAAAGAAGUUGAAACAUUAGGAAGAAAACUUGGAUACACAUCUCAAGGUGGAAAAUUUCACAAUAUUUCACUUGGUCAAGGUCAAGAAGUAGUUGCUGAUAAUGCAUUAGAAGUAUCGGCAAAAGAAGGUCAUUGGCUUGUAUUACAAAAUAUUCAUCUUGUUGCCCGAUGGUUGCCGUUACUUGAAAGACGACUUGAACGAUUACUAGAAACAGCGCAAGAAAAUUUUCGUAUAUUUAUGAGUGCUGAGCCCUCAGCUGAUGCGAGCACUCACGUUGUGCCACAAGGAAUAUUAGAAUCAUCGAUAAAGAUCACUAGUGAACCGCCCACCGGCAUGUUGGCUAAUUUGCAUAAAGCAUUAGAUAAUUUUGAUCAGGAAAUUCUCGAUUCAUGCAGUAAAGAUAUCGAAUUUAAAGUCAUUUUGUUUGCAUUAUGUUAUUUUCAUGCUGUUGUCUCCCAACGAACCAAAUUCGGACCAAUUGGAUGGAACAGGAAAUAUCCGUUUUCCAAUGGUGACUUGACAAUAUGCGCUGAUGUAUUACGAAACUAUUUGGAAGCAAAUAUAAAAAUUCCUUGGGAAGACAUACGUUAUAUAUUCGGAGAGAUCAUGUAUGGCGGUCAUAUUACAGACGAUUGGGAUCGUCGAUUAUGCCGAAAUUAUUUGGAAACGUAUAUUAAUCCAACAAUGUUUGAAACUGAUCUUUAUCUGGCACCUGAUUUUCCCUUGCCAAGUGCUCUGGAUCACAAAGGAUUUCACAUGUAUAUCGAUGAUAAAUUACCAUCUGAAAGUCCUAAACUAUACGGUUUACAUCCGAAUGCUGAAAUUGAUUUUUUAACUCAAACGUCAGCAAAAUUAUUUCGUACUUUAAUUGAAAUUUCACCACGAGACAUGUCAAAUAAAGCAACUACUACUAGUCAAUCAAGAGAUGAGAAGAUACGAACAGUAUUAGAAGAAAUGCAAAAUCAUCUACCUGAUGAUUUUAACACAAUUGAGUUACGAGCGAGAGUAGAUGAGCGUAAUCCAUAUGCUGUCGUAGCAUUGCAAGAAGCGGAAAGAAUGAAUAACUUGUUAAAAGAAAUUAGACAAAGUUUGAAAGAGUUAGAUGGUGGUUUAAAAGGCGAAUUAACAAUAUCACUUGAAACGGAACUACUACAAGAAUGCAUAUUUUUUGAUCAAGUGCCGAUUCAAUGGGCUAAUCGAGCUUAUGCGUCGUUGCAUCCUCUUGGAUUAUGGUAUCAAGAUCUUUUAGCUCGUUAUCGAGAAUUAAACAAUUGGGUGCCCGAUUUUCAAUUACCCAGCUCGUUGUGGUUAGGAGGUCUAUUUAAUCCUCAAUCAUUUUUAACAGCUAUUAUGCAAGCUACAGCAAGAAAACAUGAUUGGCCAUUAGAUCGAAUGUGUUUAGUUGUAGAAGUAACGAAAAAAUCGAUGGAUGAAUUAAAUAGCUCACCAAAAGAAGGAGCGUAUAUUCAUAGUUUAUUUAUUGAUGGUGCACGAUGGGAUCGUCAAACAAACUUGUUAUCAGAAGCUAAAUUAAAAGAGAUUACACCACCAAUGCCCAUCAUAUUCGUUAAAGCUAUUCUAAUUGAUCGUCUAGACACAAAAGGGACAUACGAUUGUCCUGUGUAUAGAAUAAAAACGAGAGGGUAUACUGUUCUAAAUCCAAUGGAAAAUUCAUCUUUAAUUACAGAUAAAACUAAUUUUGAUUUAUUCAAAUAUGAUGAGUAUUAUAAGAAAGUCUAG